CCGUAAGCAAGGUAAGCAAUCUCCCAACUCGUCUCUGUGUAGAAGUAUUUUCGUGUUUUUAUUCGACGAGUGUUAGAUGAAGGAGGAAAUUCGAGGGCAACAAUUUUGGAAAUCGUGGAGGACUUAGUCGGAGGUAACUAUCAACGCAGAGAUGUCGGGGAAGGCGCUCGAGGAUGAGGCAGACACGCUGACACCAGUGUUGGUAGCAGCUCCGCCAGACUCGCCAAGGAAGUCCGUCAAGUCGACGGCGGUGGUGAAAUACUCUGCAGUUCGAACGCCUGCGACGUUCGCUCAGUUGCGAUGCAACACGGACUUGAAUCUCCCACCCAGCAACUGGCUGAGCAACUCGGUCGAGAGUUAUGGCUUGCAAAGUGUUUGGUCGCACAACACGGGAUUCUCCAGUUUCCGCAUGGCUCACAUGUUUCCAGACUGCGUCGGCGAGGUGGACGUGGUGUCCGAUGCGGAGAAUAUCAAGAAACUUCUGAAAAUGCCCUACAAGCAUGGCCCGGUGUCCAUGAUGGUCCACCGAAUCGAAAACACUUUGCUUUUAGACGACUUUGACAUCCACAAGUAUUUGCUCCGCCAAGCCGAGAGCGAUUGGGAGUGGCUGAAGAAGUUCUUCUACGAGCACGUUCUGCAGAACCUCGGUGACAAGGAGAAGAGGUUUUUCCAUAAAGCAAGCAGCAGGAAUGCGCUACAGCAGAAGAAUCUCGUCUCGAAGUUCCUAUAUCAUUCGUUGGUUGUCGAAGACCACCAUGACGAGGCCAAAAACGAGGCUCCGACAUUGCCAGUUGAGAAGUUGGAACCUCGAUUACCGGAACCCACCCUGGAGGAGAAAUUACCCGAUCCAAGCUCUAAUCAUAACUUUGCUAGGAACGUUCUCUGGACUUUCGAGAACAUACAGAUGUUAAUCGGCACAAAUAUGCCCAUAUUUGGCGGGCAGACACAUCCUUGUAUCAGUCUAAGGCUUCGAGACAUGACGAAGCCAAUUAACGUCUUGACCGGCAUCGACUACUGGUUGGAUAAUUUGAUGUGCAACGUUCCCGAGGUUGUCAUGUGCUAUCACCUCGACGGCAUCGUGCAGAAGUAUGAAUUAAUUAAGACGGAAGAUCUGCCGAACUUGGAUAACUCAAAAUUCAGUCCUAAAGUAAUAAAGGACGUUGCGCAGAACAUUUUGAGCUUUCUGAAAAAUAAUGCUACGAAGGCUGGGCAUACUUAUUGGCUCUUUAAGGGCAAAGAUGACGAUGUUGUGAAAUUAUAUGACUUGACGUCGUUGUGCAGUGACAUAUCCGAUGCCAAGGGCCAAAAUCCGUUUACAGUUCCUGUGGCAAUGUUGUUGUAUCGAGUGGCUCGUAAUAUGAAGUAUUCGUCUGAUUAUCUCAGACAUCAGGGCACCAUUCGGGUGCUGCUCCAAAAUUGUAUUCAACUACUGGCUAAGGAGAAGUAUCCACAGAUAAUUACGUCUGCACAUUAUAUGUUGUCUGAUUUGUAUGUACCAGCUGAUACCGAUCCUGCAAAUCCAGGUCUCGCUGAUCAAAGCGACGAAGAAGAUGCUCAGAGUGAAUAUAGUCCUCCGGAGGGUCAAAGCGGGAAGGAAGAAGUUAGUGCUGCGAUAGAAUCUUUAACGUUGGGCCAUGUCGAGGAUCAAUCGGACUCCGAGGAGACAAAGUAUAAACCGCCACCAAUCUGUGGCACGGUGGAGGAUAGAUGUCGAAUAGCGUUGGAACAUGUCUCUCAAGGUCUAGAAUGUUUAAAAUAUUUCCCAACCGAUGACAAUUCCGACGAUGAGCAGAAAAAGGCCGAGAAAAAGGAGACCGAGAGGAAAAACCUGCAGAAGUUUGAUGAAGCCAAUCAAAACAUGGCCAAACCCUUCGAAGCGAUACCAAUGCCUUAUACAUCUCUGUCCAGCCGAACAGUUAACGAAGAGAGUGAUGAAUCGUGUACCAACAGUCCGAGUCAUCGUAAGAAGAACAAACAGAGAAAGAACAGGCAAAAGUCUGAGCGAAAGUCAUCGAAGGACUUGACCGAAGAGAGCUCACCGAAGGCUUUGCUCUGCAAAUCCAAAGUAGAGACGCUGCCUACUUGGCAAGCUCCCCAAAAAAGUGAUAACGUCAGCUGGCACACGUACUUAAAAAUCCUCCUCUACGAAAAGGCUUGCCUGAUUUUUGCAGUUCUGGCCGAAGACCAGUAUUCGAAUAAAAACUAUGGUGCUUCUUUGAGAUACAUCCUGGCUGUGCUCCGAUGUCAAAGGAUACUCGAAACAUUCUGCGGAAUGAAGAACGACAAGCUGGUCAGCUAUUUACUAGGCAGAGCCGGAGAUAGUUGCUUCAUGACAGUUCAAGAAUGGUCCAACGUUGAGCGACAUCAAAGAGACUACGAGGUCAAGAAUGAGAUCGAAGACAAGAUCAUCAACGAAGUUUUCGCAAUAGAGGAAUUGGACACCAAUGACUCAGAGUUACUGCCCCAACACUUGGAGAGGUUAGAAAGUGUCCUCGAAGCUUCUCACAAGUGUUACGAGAAAGCUUUGUCGUUGGAGCCUUCCGAUGUCGACAAGAACAAUCUCAUGCGGAGACUUGGGAACAGUCACAACGAGCUGGGGAUUCUUUACAUGAACCAAGCUACAGCUCGAUACCAAGAAGAGACGAAAAAUUCAAACAACGAGGCUGUCUCUCCCUCGCCAGUUGUGAACAACCUUUUGGCUCGUUCUUUGUCGCAUUUAGAGGCAGGAGUAAAAGUAUUCGAGAUUGUCAGAGACGAAGCCAAUCUGAUUCUCCUGCAUUCAAAUACUGGCCGUGUCAUGCGUUUAUACGCACACACUCACGUGAAGCAGCCUGUGUUAGAGAGACAAUACUACGAUAAAGCUCUCGCCAGUUAUCAAAAAGCACUGCAAGUACUUGGCUCUCGAAAACGCAAUCCGGCAGUUUGGGACACAGUCUCUUGGGACCUUUCCACCACCUUAUUCACGAUGGCUACGAUUUUAGUGGAUUACCCAAUUGCCAGUAACAAGGCCAAGGAGGAGCUAGAGAGGGAAGUCGCGGACCUGCUGCAGAAGGCGUUGAAGUAUUGCGACGUGGAAACACCUGGACCUCGACAACCAAUAUAUCAGUAUCGAGCUGCCAUAAUUCAGCACAGAUUAGCGUCUCUUUAUCACUGCGUAUACAGAGAAUUGGACCCGGACGCAGACCCGAAUAAACGCAAAGCGAAUCUGCAGCGGUGCAAACAUUAUUACGAGAAAGCCUCGAAAUUGUUCCUAUCUCUGGAGCAACCUGGGGAAUUCCUGACGGUGCAGAUGGAAUGGGUCGCCCUGGCUGAGCUCCAGGCACAGACGUCCACUUCUUUCAACGGGAAGCUGAAAGCUUAUCAAACUGGGCUGGACCUGAUCCUGAAGUGUCGACCCAUCAUCGAGCUUAUGCAUGAACGAAACAAGUCCAGAGACGCGAAUGAGACAGAAGAGGGUGAAGAUAAUCGCGAAAAUAAGGGCGAAAAUCAUCCCGAAGAUGAGGAGAGAACCGCCGAGGAGAAGAAACAGGCUGAAGACGAGAAUGGCCUCGUCGUCCUUCUGGAACAGACUUUGCAGUUCUUCCUGCGCUCGCUAACGAAGCUCUGCCUCGGCAAGAACACUGGCAACACCAAGAAAGAGUGUGACGCCUUGGCGAAUGUCUAUAAACAAUGCUACAGCGCCACUCUGAGGCCGGGGACGAUGUCGGGGUCGGCAUUGACGGAACACAUUGCUCAGCUUUUGCGGAAACUCGAAGGGAUUUUGGAGAAACGAGAACAAGCUUAGACCGAGUGAAUCGUUAAAAGACUUUUGCAAAUAGCGAGGAAGAUAUUUCACUCUUCAAGUUCUCGGUCCCGUAGGUCUUAGCGCCGAGGGUCUUGUACAUAUGUUGAUAAGAAAAGCUUCUAUUUAUCGGGAUGAGCGAUUCCUAAGAGGCGAGGACUCUCUGAUUCGAUUGCGCCAACAACUCGAAACGAGAGGAAAAAAAAAAAAAGAAAUCAAACGGCAGUUUUAUUCUUUUUUUUAAUUAAUCCUACGAAUUGUAAGAUAUUCAGUGCGUGGGAGUGUUUCGUUACAUCUUCUGCAGUCUUCGGUAUAAAUUCUAAACCCUGAGAGAAAUUCAAUUCGUAGGAAUGAUUCGUAACAUCUUUUGCAGUCUCCUGUAUAAAUUCUAAACCCUGAGAGAAAUUCAAUUCGUAGGAGCGUUUUGUUACUUUUUUAUCCCCGAGAUGUCGGAGCAAUCGGACCGUAGGAGUCAGCUGUUAACUCGGAUACAGGAUCGAGUUUUUAAUGUAAGCACCGGAAUGACGGAGAAUUUCCAAAAGUCCCCCGGCACUUGUCUUCUAUCUGGGUUUCCCUUUCAAUGUUCCGUCGCUUUUGCGGCCCCUGGUGGGACCUCUCUCUCUCCCUCGGGCUUUUAUUUCAUUCAAUAUUCAGGAUCGGACGUAGAGUUCCCGGAUGCGUUUUGCUUGAUGGGUCGGCACGUUUCCCGUAUAUAGAAUGGAGGGGUAAAACCGUAGGAAACGCAACGGCCGCAUCCGUGCAAUGCUCGCCACGUUUCCGAAUGUUCUCAUAAUGCCAAAGAAGGCCAGUCGAGAUGAAAUAUGGCCUGGAAACGUCCACAGUCUGAACCAAGGGCAAGAAGAAUUCGGCUUCUCGUCCCCAUUUUUGGCAUCUCUCUCCCGUGGAGACUUCAACGCCCGACGUGUAAAAAAAACCGAUCCCGGGAUCCUACUCAAUAAAUCGUUAGUCAUAAAUUAGGAUAAUUUAAUUAAGUGUAUGCGUUUCACUUUGAAGUUUCUCGUUCUAAGAUGGUUUUAGAUAUUAUUUCCUAUCCGUUGAAAUUCUGUUCGCUAUUAUCCUCGAGGUUUUUAUAAUAAAGACUAAUGGUCAGGAUUCAA